GGCCGCGGGCGCGAUGGGGCUCCGCAGGAAGGGCAGGAGCCCGCCGGUGCUCAGCCCUGAGUUCGUCCUCCAGAACCACGCGGACGCCGCGUCCUACCUGGCCGUGGGCAUCCUGCUGGGGCUGAUGUUCGAGGUCACAGCCAAGUACGUCAUCAUCUUUAUUACUGUGCAGUACAAUGUCACCUGUACCAUUGAUGACAAGAGUGAAUGUGUUUAUUUUUAUGAAUAUGGUCCUAAAGACAUUGCUACAAUCUUCUUCUACAUGCUCAUAGCUAUUAUUCUGCAUGCUGUAAUCCAGGACUACAUAUUAGAUAAAAUUAAUAGACGUCUGCAUUUGUCAAAAACAAAGCACAGCAAGUUCAAUGAAUCAGGACAGCUAGCAUUUUUCUACUUAUUUUCAUUUGUAUGGGGAGCCAGUAUUUUGAAUGCAGAAGAAUUCAUGGUGAACCCAACAUUACUGUGGAAAGAUUAUCCUCAUUCUCGUAUGCUUUUUCAGGUAAAAUUCUUCUAUAUUUGCCAGAUAGCCUAUUGGCUUCAUGCACUGUCAGAACUAUACUUCCAGAAGAUCCGAAAGGAAGAUAUUCCAAGGCAGCUAUGUUAUAUUUGCCUUUACAUUGCUCAUAUCUCUGGUGCCUAUAUAUUGAAUUUGCAGCAUUUGGGGCUAAUUCUGAUGGUACCUCACUAUUUAGUGGAACUCAUGUUCCAUGCUUCACGUCUUUUCUACUUCAGUGAUGAAAACAAGCAAAAAGGAUUUACCAUCUGGGCUUUACUUUUCGUAAUGGUGCGUCUUUUGACCCUAACUUUAUCCGUCCUUACGUUUGGAUUUGGUCUGGCCAGAGUAGAGAAUCCAGGUUUUUCCAUAGCAGACGGAAACUUCAACGUACUCAGUGUGAGGAUUAGCUGCCUGGGUGCUGUUUGUUUAACGCAGGCCUGGAUGAUGUGGAAAUUUAUAAAUUUUCAGCUGAAGAAAUGGAGAGAGCAUAUUAAGAAGCAAAUUCCAAAGAAGAAAAUAUCAAACACGAAGAACAAACUGACAAAAAAGGAACUAAACAGCUAACGUUGUCAAUGGAGCAGCAAAGCUAGAAGAUGGAGCAUCACCAAGAAUAAGAAAAUCAAAACCAGUAUGAGAUACAAGCUAGUAUCAGAAGAUGUUUGACAGAAGACUGUGAGUUAAAGAAUUGACCUUGCAAAGCUAUAAUUUGGAUGUCUCAUUAUUUAAAUGGACACUAUCAGGUUAUAUUUUUACAAUAUUUUUGUUAAUAACCCUAACUUUAUGAUAGGAUUCUCUUGGAUCUAGUUUAUCCCAGUAGUCAUAUUUAAACUCACUUACCUUUAACAAUAAAAAUGGACAGAUCAGUUUGAACUUCUGACUCUGUGAUCAGAAAUUAGUACAUUUCUGUAAUAUUUUUAUUACAGAUAUUUCAUGAGGCUGUCUAAAUCUUAGUUGUCUGGUUUUAUGUAUUUAUAAAAUCUGAAGUCUGUACCAGAAAGUUCUUACCAUAUUUGUUUACCCUGUGUCUCCCUGAGAGUUAUUUUCUUUAUUGCACUCCUCUUACAUGGAGUAAGAGGAAUGUCUAGAAGCUAUAUAGCAAAAAUAUACAGAAAAAUGCAAAAAUGUUUUAUAACUAAUUUCCCUUCAAAGAUUACAGAUUUAGAGUGCAAAUUCUGGCAGGACAUCGCUAAUCUUCCAGUAUAAAGAUGUGGACUGUCUUUAGUAAAGAUGCAGAUUGUCUCAAUUGGCAGAAAUGGUAGAUUGCCUGUUGAAUUUUUGCUGUGGAUUAUACCCUUUUGUAGGAGGAGGGGAAAAGGAGGGGGAAAUAAAAAGUAGCCAGUUAAUAUCUACUGUAUUUUAGUCCUUUGGAAGUUUUGUCUUUCAAUUAAAAAUAUUUCUAAAAAGUUAAUAUUUUACGCUUGCAAUCACAUGCCAAUUUUUUUCCUCAACUGUUUUAUUUUCCUUUAGUUUGUAACAGCCACUUCUUAAACUUGAGUCUAGUACUGUUCAGGGAGGCGUUCAAACAGUAUUGCAAUGAAUGCUACACCAAGCAUAACCUAAAGGCCUUUUUUUCUUUCUUAGUCUCUAGAUAAUCAUUUAUUUUAGUCUCUGACUCAAGGUUUUUUGUUUGUGAAGGUAUUAGUUUGCUCCUUAUGUGAACACUUUAUUUAGAUGUGGUUUUAAUAUUAAUAUGCUUAUAUUAAAAGGAAUUAUUUAACUGUAGAGAGAUUAAUGGUAUUUUUGUAAGUAACUCUCUUAGGUCUGAUGUUGAUACCUUAAUGUUGGAUAAGUUUCAGGAAUACACUUUCUUAUUUGCCAUAACCUUCUCCCUGUGUGAAUAAAUUGUAGGAAUAUUAGAUUAUUCACAUAAGCCUAUACAUUUCUACUAAAAAUGCGUACCAUGGAACCAGACUACAUUUGCUGAUAUUUUUAAUGGACUUAGGUAGUAGUGAAUGCCUUGUUCAGUGAAAGUAUUACCUCCUGAGCAGUUUGAAUGAGGUUCCCCUAGCCUUCAAGUAUUUCUCAGCGUGCUGCUCAAAAGACUGUUUUCUUUAAAGUAUCCUGCAACUGCAUGCCUGCAGUUCUUGUUGAUUUCAGUGUGUUUAUACCUAAGUUAGCAAACUUUCCAAGUGAAUCCAGAGGGGGGUUUAGGCUCCAGUAUCCAUUCCUAGGCACAUGAAACUAAACAACUCGGAACAUUAAAGUCUUUUUUGGCAAGUGUUACCAGAAAGUAUGUUACUAAUACUACCACUUGAAUAAACUGAUAACACUCUUGAAUGUUCUUAAUCCACUCACAACGCUCAUGAUGGCCAUAUAUUGUAUAUUAAAGACUGUAAUUUUUUAUUUAAAGUAUUGUUGUAGAAAUACUAGUGCAAAGUCUCAGAGGGGAUUUUCAAAAGUCUUAGAAACACAGGUCCUAAGUGCCAUGAAACAGACAAGUCAGCCUAUGCUUAAGGUCUAGGCUAAAGACUAUGCAAUAUGUUGGGGUGUGUGUUGGGGGGUUGUUUUGUUUUUUCACAGCUUUAUCAGUGUGCUUUUUCUUCCUCCAGAGAACUAUGAAUGUCACAGAGUAACGAUCAAAUUAGAUGUUAACUUGUUCCUGUUUCAACCGUGUAGCCUUUGCUGAAGUUGCAUAAAAUCUGUUAGCACAGAUGUUGAGGCAUGUUCCCUAGUGGCGUGAUGUUAUGAUGAAUGAUCCUGUUAAGUAUUUUUAACAUUUAAGGCAUUAAUUUAUGUAAAUCUUAAGACUUUCAGAGCAAUUGUAUGUAGUAUUUUGUAACAAUCUAAUUGUAAACUUUAUAGGGUAGAGGUCCUCUGCAUAGUCACAUGUGUGCACAUCAAAAUGUAAAAUACUACCAUUCAUCUGCUUUGGAAAACCAAAAUUAUAUUCUCUUACUUCUAACCUUCCUUUCCUCUCAGUGAGUAUCUAAGAUUUUUUUGUUGUUGUUUUAAAGAUAAAACAGCAUCUUUUAGUGCAGAAACUCUUACAUUACAAAUUUGCAUUUCUGGUUUUGAACAGUAUGAUAGGAAUGAAUAGAUUGUCUUGAUUUUGGGGAAAAAAGUGAAAAGAAAAAUUCUUAAGCUGAUAUAUUUUACAUCCUAUUCUUACAAAGGUUUUGAGUUGACCACCUGAAGCAGAAUAGUUUGAAGGCUGUUGUUGUGGUUUAGCCCGGCUGGCAGCUAAACACCACACAGCCGUUCGCUCACCCUCCCCCCUCCCUCUCCGGGAUGGGGGAGAGAAAUGGGAAAGUGAAGCCUGUGAGUUGAGAUAAAGACAGUUUAUUAAGACAGGAAAAAUAAUAACAAUAAUAAUAAUAAUAGUAUUAAUAAUAAUAAUGUGUACGAAAUAAGUGAUGCACAAUGCAAUUGCUCACCACCCGUUGACCGAUGCCCAGCCUAUCCCCGAGCAGCCGGCCCCCCCACCCCGGCUAGCCACCCCUAUAUAUUGUUCAGCAUGACGUCAAAUGGUAUGGAAUACCCCUUUGGCCAGUUUGAGUCAGCUGUCCUGGGUCUGUCCCCUCCCAGCUCCUGCUGCACCCCCAGCCUGCUCGCUAGCAGGACAGAGCGAGAAGCUGAAAAGUCCUUGGCUUGGUGUAAGCACUGCUCCACAACAAUUAAAACAUCAGCGUGUUAUCAGCGCUCUUCUCAUCCUAAUCCAAAACAUAGCACCCUGCCAGCUACUAGGAGGAAAAUUAACUCUGUCCUAACUGAAACCAGGACAGCUGUAUAGUGGCAUAGGGAUUUGGAUGAUGGUGUUACUCUUGCCUGCUCCUGUUUAAAAGUCUACUAAAAACUAAUUAUUCUGAGUAAGUUCUAAACAUGCAGGAUGUUGUCUUGGAGCUAGAGUUAGCAAAUUCUGAAAACAUGAGAAUUUCUAAAUGCUCAGUGUUUUGGAAUGCUGUGUGACUAUAUAAAUUGUUUCAUUAUGUUGUAGAUAAGUGAAUUGGGAAGACGAAAGCAAUGUUUCGUCUGUAUUUGUUUCUCAGUAUUAGAAUGGGUUGCUACAUCUACUUAAAUUGAAAGCACACUUGUACUGCCUUUCUUAAACCAUCUGAAUGUUGACUUUCACCACAGAAGGUUCUAGUAGUUAGAGAAAUGUGUGGAAGAGCACUGAUAUAUUGUAAAGUAUAAAAUUUUAGGUGUUUAGCUUUAAGUGUCAGUAGCUGGCACUCACUUUAUGAACUUACUGACCAGAAACAACAGAGUAAAGUUUACAAACAAUAUCAUUCUAACACUUCUGUUUGAUGCUGUUACAAUUAUCUCCUAAAAUGUAGAGUUACUCUACCUUGAAACCAACGGUGUACUGUGGGUUAUAUUGAAUGUGUGUCUGUCUGAUUGCAACAAAUACACUGGCUUGUUUUUAAUUC